UUAAUAUGCAUGUGCUGCAAGCUACCUUCAUAGUUUCCUGACAACAAGAACCAAGCAAUUGCCAGUAUGUCUGAACAGGCGCCUAGCAAGGAGGACCGCGAUCGGGACUCACAGAAGGAGUAUGCUCCUAGCAAGGAUUAUGCAGAGAAGUAUCCUCCGCGCGAGCCCAGGGGCGGGACUGGGGGAGGCCACAGGGACUACGCCAAGAGCAACAGCGGGCGGGACAACAAAAUUUAUGUUGGUGGUCUGAAUUUCUCGGCCACGAAGGAUGAUAUCUACGAUGUGUUUUCUGAGGCGGGCAAGGUGAUCAACAUCCAGCUAGUGGUCGACCACGAGACGCAGCGCUCCAAGGGUUACGCCUUUGUGUCUUUCGCCGAUGAGGAUGCGUACCUGUACGCCCUGCGCAAGAUGAACGGUGUCCAGGUCAAGGGACGCAGCGUGGUUGUGAAUAAGGCCCUAAACCCGGAGGAAAAGGCCCAGUUCGAGCGGGAGAAGGGUGUGCAGCCCCGCGAACGGGACGAGGCGCCUCGCCGCCCGCACAACAGCGAACGGCCUCAUUUUGAUCGGCCGCCGGGUCCCAAGGUCAAGGGCUACCGUGUUACAGUGUAUGGCCUCCCCGAGACCUACACAUGGAGGGAGCUGAAGGACUUUCUGCGCACCCAGACCAACGCCCAGCCGACCUACGCGAACAUCGAGCGUCCUGGCGUCGGCGUCGGCGAGUUCACGACGUCGACGGAGCGCAGCACCGCCAUCCGGGUGAUUGACGGCAUGUCCUUUGAGGGCGCCAAGCUACGCUGCGAGCCGCUGCACAUGGAGGAAGGUGCGGACGCAGCUGAGGAGCGCGGCGCGCCCGCUGCCAGCGACCGGUACGACGGAGGCGCGCCUGACCGCACUGGCGGCUCCUACCACAAGUCGGAGCGGGCAGCCGGCGGCGGCGGCCAUGAGGAGAAGAGCUAUCCCCGCGAGGAGCGCCGUGGCGGCGGCGAGAAGGCCGCUGCUGGCGGCGGCUAUGACGACCGCUACGGCUAUGAUGAGCCGUACGAGGGCGGUGCCGGUGGUGCCGGUGGUGGCGGCGGCUACAGCUCGCGCGAGGGCGGCCGCGCUGUUGCCGGCUAUGAGGGCGGCGGUGGCGGCCGGGCCGCUGCGGCUGCUGGAGGUGGCAGUGCUGCCUACGACGACCGGUACCCGCCGGAGAAGUACAGCCGUGGCGACUACCCGCCCACCACAGCUCGCGGUGCAGGCUACGAGGGCAGCGGCGGUCGCGGCGGUGGCGGCGGCGGCGGCGGCUAUUACGAGGCAGGUGGUGGCGGUGGUGGCGGCUACCGGGAGCCAGUCUACCGCGAGGGCGGCGGUGGCGGUCGCGGCGGCGGCGGCGGCGGCGUCGGCUACGAGGGCGGGCGUGGCGGCUAUGAGGGCGGCCGGGCAGGAUACGAGGGCAGUCGCGGAGGAUAUGAGGGCGGGCGUGCCGGCUACGAGGGCGGGCGUGCUGGCUACGAGGGCGGCCGCGGCGGUUAUGAGGGCGGUCGAGGCGGCUACGAGGGAGGUUACAGCGCUCGUGAGGCUGGCUACAGCGCUCGUGAGGCUGGUUACAGCGCUCGUGAGGGCGGCUACAGCGCUCGUGAGGCUGGCUACAGCUCCCGCGAGGGCUACGGCCCUGCCGGUGGUGGCGGCUAUCGCGAGCCGGCCCGUGAUGCCGAGUACGGCCCGAGCGGCGGCCGCGGCGGCGCCGCCUAUGAUGAGCGCUACCCGCCCGCCAAAUACGCGCGGACCGAGUACCCGCCUGCUGCUGGCGGCGGCGGCCGGGGCGGCGACUACUGGGAUGGCUAUGAGGGUGGUGGUGGCGGCGGCCGUGGCGGCGCCGGCUACGACAGCGGCUAUGAGGGCCGCGGCGGCCGUGGAGAGCCCGGCUAUGUCGCGCCGCCCGCCAAGGGUGAUGGCUACGCUGCCGGUCCACCCAGCCGCGGCGAGCGCGGCGCCGACUACGCCCGUGGCGAUGGCUACGCCGCCGGCGGCUACCCCGCGCGCGAGGCCGGGUACGGCGGCAGCGCCCGCGGCAGCGGUGCCGCCGCCGCCGGCGGCAGCGCACGGGAUGCGGGCUAUUACGAGCGGGGUUACGAGGGUGGCGGCGGCGGCCGUGGCGGCGGCGGGGGCGGUUAUGAGCGGGGCUACGACCGGGGCUAUGACCGGGGCUAUGACCGCGGCGGCGACUAUUACGAGGAGGGUGCCGGAUACAAGUCUGGGGGUGGCGGUGGUGGCUACGGCGCACCCGCGUCCCGCGGGCCGCCGGCGGCGGGCGGCGCCCCGGCGGCGGCGGCAGCAUUGACGCCGACAGGCAGCGGCGGCCGUGGCGCGGCGGCGGCGUACGCCCCGGACGCCGGGUAUGAGGGCUCGGGCCGCGGCGGCCCGGACCGCAGCUACCCGCCCGCGCGCAACGGUGGCGGUGGUGGCGGCUACGAGCGCGCGGCGCCCUACUAAGUGGCGGGAGGGAUCGAGUCGGGCUGGGGACACGACGAUGAGCGCGCUCAGCUGGGCUGUCGGGUCGGUAAGGAUUUUGUGGAGCAGGAUUGGCACGUGUCUGUGUGUGGAAUUGGUUGCGUGCAGUGUUUGGAUUUGGAAUAUGCUGAAUAUAUGCAGGACGGGACAAACGCCCCAGCGUCAGUGGGGCAAGAGCUCGGGGCCUGUGUUGACGAGGCGGAAGGGUCGAGGGGGCAACCGGAAUCAGCAUGGGAGGGAGGGGGCGUGCGACGUGCGACUGUUCGAGUGCAUGCAGGGCAGCGGACCGAGAGCGCUGGAAUGCGCAUGGAACUGUGCUGACGAUGUACGCUUUGAUUGAAGCACGGUAUUGUAACGAGGUUCGAGC